UUGCCCACCAUCAGAACUGGAUGCAGAAACAGCUUAUUGCAUUAGCUCAUAAGACUGUCUGCACAGGCCGACAACCUCUUGCAAGACAUCAACUCUGGGAAGUGUGUAGAGUCUUUUCUGCCUCCUCAUGCUUUAAACGUCUACCUCCACCUGUUACACACACAUUAACAUUUUCUCGGGAAAUCUGUCAUUUCUCCUUCGUGUCACACAAACGGAGUCUCCUCCGAAACGAUCCUCCCCUUGUUUUCCUGCGUCAGUGUUCCUCCAACCAGCCAGAUAUGUCAGAGCAGAGGUUCGUCGUGGAGUACGCCAAGCGCGGCACUGCAGGAUGUAAGAAAUGCAAGGACAAAAUCGCGAAGGGUGUAGUGCGGAUCGGUAAGGUCGUGCCUAAUCCUUUCAGCGAGUCUGCGGGGGAGAUGAAAGAGUGGUAUCAUGUGAAGUGCAUAUUUGAGAAGCUGGAAAGGGCGAGGGCCACCACGAAGAAGAUUGAGGACAUCACAGAUCUGGAAGGCUGGGAGGAGCUGCAGGAUGAGGACAAGGAGCUCAUUAAUAAACAAGUCUCAGACCUGAUGGCCAAAGUCAAUGCAAGUCCAAAGAAGAAGGUCCAAGCCAAGUUAAACACCACCGGCCAGCUGAUGGGUCCUCCUGCAGACCCGUCUCUCAACGCCCCACGCAAGUUCUCAGGCUUCACCGCUACGAAGGCCGGCACUUCCAGCAGCCCAGCACCAUCCUCCUCACCUGCCAAAGGCGACCGAGGCAGCCCGCUGUCCGCCCAGCUGUGUGACCCUCAGCACAAGGACUGCCUCUUCAGAGAGUUUCGUAAGCUCUGCGCCACGGUUGCAGAAAACAACAGCUACAAUGUCAAGACACAAAUUAUUGAGAAGUUCCUCAGGAAGGGCUCAGCUGGAGAUAAGUUCCAUGGAGAUCUUUACCUGACAGUGAAACUGCUCCUGCCAGGCGUUAUUAAAAGUGUCUACAACCUCAAUGACAAGCAAAUCGUGAAACUCUUCAGCCGCAUAUUCAGAUGCAACCAGGAUGACAUGGUGCGCGAUUUGGAGCAGGGCGACGUGUCUGAGACAGUGAGGAUGUUCUUUGACGACAGUAAAUCAUUUCCUCCGUCUGCCAAGAGUCUCCUCACCAUCCAGGAAGUGGACGCGUCCCUGACCCGCCUCGCCCAGCUGACCAAAGAGGAUGAGCAGCAGACCGAGCUGGAGCAAAUUGCCAAAAAAUGCACCAGUAAUGACCUGAAAUGCAUCAUUCGGCUUAUUAAGCACGACUUGAAGAUGAACUCUGGAGCAAAACAUGUCUUGGAUGCAGUGGAUCCCAACGCUUACGAUGCCUUCAAGGCUUCACGUAGUCUGGGUGACGUGAUUGAGCGGGUGUUGAAGAAUCAGCAGGAGGCAUCCAACGGUUCAGGACCCAGGAAACUCCUCACUAUAGAGGCCUCACUCAUGACCCCUGUUCAGCCCAUGUUGGCAGAGGCGUGUAAAUCCAUCGAGUUCGCCAUGAAGAAAUGCCCCAACGGGAUGUAUUCCGAGAUCAAGUACGACGGAGAGCGAGUUCAGGUCCACAAGAACGGAGACAACUUCAGCUACUUCAGCCGCAGCCUCAAACCAGUGUUACCACACAAAGUGGUCCAUUUCAAAGAGUUCAUCCCUCAGGCUUUUCCCGGUGGCCACAGCAUGAUACUGGAUGCCGAAGUCCUCCUAAUUGACACAAACACCAGUAAACCCCUGCCUUUUGGGACCUUAGGUGUACACAAGAAAGCUGCCUUUCAAGAUGCCAAGGUGUGCCUCUUUGUUUUUGACUGUAUCUACUUCAAUGGUGUGAGUCUCAUGGAGAGACCUCUGUGUGAACGUAGGAAGUUCCUGCAUGACAACAUGGUGGAAGUCCCAAACCGGAUCCUGUUCUCAGAGAUGAAGCACGUCACUAGAGGAAGAGAUCUGGCUGAUAUGAUAACUCGAGUCAUCAGAGAGGGACUGGAAGGACUUGUGCUAAAAGACAUAAAGGGCACGUACGAGCCAGGGAAGCGUCACUGGCUUAAGGUGAAGAAGGACUAUUUAAACGAAGGCGCGAUGGCUGACACAGCUGACUUGGUGGUGCUGGGAGCCUUUUACGGAAAAGGCUCAAACGGGGGCAUCAUGUCCAGUUUUCUAAUGGGCUGUUAUGACCCAGACUCCAAGAAAUGGUGCACAGUCACCAAGUGCUCCGGAGGCUACGAUGACGCCAUGUUGGCCCGGCUCCAGAAAGAGCUGGAUGUGAUCAAAAUCAGCAAGGAACCAAGUAAAAUCCCCAGCUGGUUAAAAAUCAUCAAGAACUACUAUCCAGAUUUCAUUAUCCGCAAUCCUGAGCGAGCGCCGGUCUGGGAGAUCACAGGUGCAGAGUUUUCCAAAUCAGAAAUGCACACCGCCGACGGCAUCUCUAUCCGCUUUCCCCGCAUGACACGCAUCCGCGAUGACAAAGACUGGAAGAGUGCCACCAACUUGCACCAGCUUAAAGAGCUGUUCCGCAUAUCAAAGGAGAACUGCGACUUCAAAGUGACAGCCGGACCGUCUGCGUCCAACGACGACAAGGGCUCGUCAGGAGGGGACAGCGGAGGAAACAGCGGAGGAAACUCCCCGGCGUCCACGUCCCAAAGAAGCGCUCCACCCAAGAAGACCGUUAACAGCACUCCACCCAAACCCAAGGCGGUGAAAUCUCAGCCUCGCACUCCCGCCUCAGAAGCACCUAGCGCCAAGAAGGCGAAGAAGAGUGAAAGUGUUCACAGCAACGGAAAAGCAAAGGCAACCGCUCAGCUGGUGGAGCCAAGAAAUGACAAGACACUGCUGGACAUCUUCAGCGGGGUGAAGCUUUUCCUGCCCGUCUCAGUGCAGGACUUUGACAAACUGAGGCGAUACUUCGUGGCGUACGACGGAGACAUUGUACCGGACUAUGACGCCUCCUCUGCCACACACACGCUGGCCGAACCCGACGAGGACAGCCAGGCCCAGAAAGUGUCACCCAGCUGGAUCUGGGAAUGUAUCCGCAAGAGACGCGUUGUACCUCCCUGCUAACAUAAAAAAAAAGAAGAAGACACACAUUUUAUACACUGCGUUUACUUUUACACAUUUACGCUACUAAGAGUGUUUCAUUCUGACUCCAUGUUAUAAAACACAUGGUUUAUCUUUAUGGUUUGGACACAAAUGCGGAAUCAUUCAUCAUUUUUUUAACAACGAGGUUUUUGGAUAUUGCUUCCCACAUGCUGGGAUCAGAAAACACUGCGUCCAUGUGUCCAAUCACACACUGCUCUCAGAGGUGUUUUUCUAUUUAUUGUUUUCGAGCCCUUUUGGCAUUCUGUACCGGGAACACAUACAUUUAGUUUUGAGGUGUUAGUUUAUUUGAUUGUUUUCCUUUAGUGCCAAUUUUGAGUCAUUUGACGACCGUGUAUACUGGUGAUAAAUGAAGACAAAUUACUGACGACUUUUUUUUGGUGAAACGAGGUCUGAGAAAAA